UCUACUUGUUUUCAGAGGUCUCUCUUGACACUAUCUCCGCCUCUCUUGGAUUGUCUCUGAAUGAUGUACCUUCCAUGGAGCGGGGCAACGGGACCCUGGUGACAGAGUUCGUCUUCCUCGGCUUCUCUUCUCUGGCCGGGCUGCAGCGGCUGCUCUUUGUUGCCUUCCUGCCCCUCUACCUGUUCACUCUGGGCACCAAUGCCAUCAUCGUUUCCACCAUCGUGCUAGACAGAGCCCUUCACACCCCCAUGUACUUCUUCCUCGCUGUCCUCUCCUGCUCUGAGACCUGCUACACCUUCGUCAUCGUACCCAAGAUGCUGGUUGACCUCCUGGCCCAGAAGAAGACCAUCUCCUUCCUGGGCUGUGCCAUCCAGAUGUUCACCUUCCUCUUCCUCGGCUGCUCUCACUCCUUCCUGCUGGCGGCCAUGGGGUAUGACCGCUACGUGGCCAUCUGUAACCCUCUGCGCUACACGGAGCUCAUGGGACACGGGGUGUGUGUGGGACUCGUGGCUGCUGCCUGUGCCUGUGGCUUUACUAUUGCACAGAUUAUCACGUCCGUGGUAUUCCACCUGCCCUUCCGCGCCUCCAACCAGCUCCAUCAUUUCUUCUGUGACAUCGCCCCUGUCCUCACGGUGGCAUCUCAUCAUACCUACCUGAGUCAGAUUGUCAUCGUCAUGCUCUGUGCACUGGUCCUGGUUAUCCCCCUGUCACUGAUUUUGGUGUCCUAUAUUCACAUCAUCUCUGCCAUACUCCAGUUUCCUUCCACAUUGGGCAGGUACAAAGCCUUCUCCACCUGUGCGUCCCACCUCAUUGUUGUCACCAUCCAUUAUGGCUGUGCCUCCUUUAUCUACUUACGGCUCAAGUCCAACUACUCCUCAAGCCGAGAUGCUCUCGUAUCAGUCUCCUACACCAUCCUGACUCCCUUGUUCAAUCCGCUUAUUUACAGCUUGAGAAAUAAGGAGUUCAAGUCAGCUCUUCGUAGAGCUGCGGGAAAAACCAUUUCCCCGCCACGAUGUUAA